AUGACAUCACCAAUGACACCUCUUGGGAGCCAUGAUCACAUUCAAUCACCAACGGUGUCACCUCCUUAUGAACCAUCAGGUGACAUAAGUAGCAGCAUGAGAAAUACUCAAGCCUUUGAUCACACUCCACUAAAAUGGAGAAAUCUGAAUGAUGUUCUAGUACAAUGCAAUCUUUGCAUUAUGGAACUUGAAAAAUUUGAUGAAGCUUCUAAAGAUGAAUCAUGGAUGAAGGCUAUGGAAGAUGAACUGUCAAUGAUUGAGAAAAAUGCAACAUGGGAGCUGGUGGACAGACCAACUGAUAAACCUAUAAUUGGAGUUAAGUGGGUGUUCAAAACCAAGUUAAAUCUUGAUGGCUCAGUACAGAAGAACUAG